AUGUACCUGUUUCAUACAUGGGGAAGCCACGAAGUUUACCAGGGAAAACAAUGGAGCUGCCUAAACAUUUGGCUAAUUCUAUGCUUGUUUCCAAGAACCUGUGUAUCAAAUCCUUCAAAACCCAAUUUUUUAUUGAUACUGGCUGAUGAUCUUGGUAUUGGAGAUGUGGGUUGCUAUGGUAAUGAUACAAUAAGGACCCCUAACAUUGAUGGCCUGGCAAAGGAAGGAGUGAGACUUACUCAGCACAUUGCUGCAGCUGCUGUCUGCACUCCGAGCAGAGCAGCUUUCCUCACUGGCAGAUACCCCAUCAGAUCAGGCAUGGCAUCCGGCACUCAACGGCAGGUUCUCUUUUGGAACGGGUGUUCUGGUGGGCUCCCACCAAAUGAAACUACUUUUGCCAGAAUUCUAAACCAGCAAGGUUAUUCUACAGCACUUAUAGGGAAGUGGCAUAUGGGUGUGAACUGCAAAUCCCGCCGUGAUCACUGCCACCAUCCUUUAAAUCACGGUUUUGAUUAUUUUUACGGCAUGCCUUUUACCCUUUUGAAUGAGUGUCAAGGCACAGAUGACCCUGAACUGGCCAAGUCUUUGCAAGAUACGUAUUGGCUUUACACACAGAUGAUCAUCCUUGCAGUGCUUACUCUUUUGAUUGGAAAACUUACCAAUUUAUUCUCAGUAAAAUGGAAGAUAAUUAUAUGUCUGGCCAUCUGCGGUCUCCUGUAUUUCAUCUCCUGGUUCUCCAGCUAUGGUUUCACCAAGUACUGGAACUGUAUCCUGAUGAGAAACCAUGAUAUCACUGAACAACCGAUGGAUCUAGAAAAAACUACUUCUAAUAUGCUGAAGGAGGCAGUUUCGUUCAUUGAAAGAAACAAGCAUAGACCAUUUCUUCUCUUUGUUUCCCUUUUACAUGUUCACACCCCUCUCAUUACCACAGAGAAGUUUCUGGGAAGAAGCAGACAUGGCCUAUAUGGAGAUAACGUAGAGGAGAUGGACUGGAUGGUGGGCAGGCUUCUGGAUGUUAUUGACAAAGAAGGCUUGAAGAAUACCACAUUUAUUUAUUUUGCAUCUGAUCAUGGAGGAUCCUUAGAGGCUCACAGAGGAAAUGCUCAGUUGGGUGGAUGGAAUGGGAUCUAUAAAGGUGGAAAAGGAAUGGGAGGCUGGGAAGGAGGGAUCCGUGUCCCAGGAAUAGUUAGAUGGCCAGGAGUGUUGCCUGCAGGGACAGUUAUCAAUGAACUGACAAGCCUUAUGGACGUUUUCCCAACAGUGGUUCACCUCGCUGGAGGGGCAGUGCCUCAGGACAGGGUAAUCGACGGGCGCACCUUGCUGCCUUUGCUGCGGGGGACAGUUCAGCACUCCGGGCACGAGUUCAUGUUUCACUACUGCGGUGUGUUUCUGCAUGCAGUGCGGUGGCACCAAAAGGACAGUGGCACCAUAUGGAAAGCUCAUUAUGCUACUCCAGUAUUCCAACCAGAAGCCUCUGGGGCCUGUUUUGGAAGAGGAAUUUGCCCAUGUUUCGGGGAUGGUGUAACCCAUCAUGACCCUCCGCUCCUGUUUGAUCUCUCGCAAGAUCCUUCUGAGUCAAAUCCUCUAUCAGCUGACACUGAGCCCUUGUCCGACACUGUAACGAGGAGAAUAGGAAAAGCUGUAGAAGAGCAUCGCAAGACACUGACUCCAGUCCCACAACAGCUGUCUCCUCACAAUAAUAUAUGGAAGCCGUGGCUGCAGCCAUGCUGUGGCACAUUCCCUUUCUGUUGGUGUGAUGAAGAAAACAACAAAGCAGAUGGCAUACUUUAA